GACAUGUGGGUUUAGUUCGUCACAUAUUGCAUAAUACAAAAAGUGCAAUGGCGUGGCGGAUUCGUGAAAAUGUGCUGAUUUGGAAAGACAUAUUUGCGUACCUAAAUUCAAACAGAUUCAAUUUGACUAUUAAUGAAUGCCGUGCUUCACCCAAAGUAAAAGAUUUUUCUGAUGAGCAAUUGGAAAUAUGCGAAAGUGUUUACUUGAAUGGGAAGACUCUUUUCAACCCUUCUAAUAUAAGCAUUCAGCAGUUAGUCAAAUCUGGGGUUCUUGUGGCUAAUUAUGGGAAUAUAUAUUUUUCAGCACCUCUUAUUAUGCGAUCAUUUUUCCAGCAAUGCUAUGGAACUCACCAUAGUUCCGAAAUUACCCCUUCAUCAUUAUAUCAUUUUAUUGUGAAAACUUUUACAGCAAUAUGUAAUGGACAAGGCCGGAAAACAUUAGGAAAGACGCUUGGAUUUGGAACUGAUGGAAACCUUCUGGAACAAACAUGGCGGAAGGAAUUUUAUAGAGUCGGAACACAAGUGUUAGGGAAGGAUCACUUUCUGUCAUGUGAUGUGGGCGCAGUUUUUGGAUGUGAUGGAUACAUAGAUUUUUAUGUGGAUGAGUUGGAAUGGGCAAUGGAGCUCUUGCAAGAUGGUAAGGAUAUGGCUAAGCAUAGUAGGAGAUUUGAACCUGCGGGAGAAUAUAAAGAGAUUGUUAGGUAUGCAAAGAGUAUAGCUAUUAUUGAUGUUCGCAGUGAAUCAAAAAAAGUUCGAAAAUUGCAGAAGGAUCUCGUAUACGCAUCAUACUCUGAAAAUUAUGAUGCAUUUAAAAUAGAAUGUUUGGGCAAAGAAUCUUUGAUCAUUAAUAUUAGAGAUUAUAUUUAA